UUCCAUCAUUUGGAGUCAACCAUAACUUUCACUGAGGGGAGUGAUACAUUUAUUAUUAUUAUGUAUUUUUUGUAAUAUCGCCGGUUGAGUUAGAGUUACUGUUAACAUCAAUCUAUUUAUAAUAACUGGCCACUUUUUUUUUAUUACGAAGUGUGUAAUACGUGUCCCUAACAGAUGGUGAUAGAUCACCCCCGGUGUUAGUGGUUUGAUCCAGCAUGGCUGCAGCACACAGCGUGGAGUAAAGUAUGCAUGAGGUUCUGUUUACAGACAUUCCAGAAUUUUAGGUUGUGAUCUGACUGUCAUCUCUUCUCUGAUUUGUCCAUUCCCAGAGCACCAUGCCUCAUAGAAAGAAGAAGCCCUUCAUAGAAAAGAAGAAAGCAGUUACUUUUCAUCUAGUACACAGAAGUCAGCGGGAUCCAUUAGCCGCUGAUGAAACUGCUCCUCAGAGAGUCCUACUGCCUGCUGACAAGGCGGAAUUGGAUAAGCGGAAAGAGGAACAGCGAAACUUUGGUGUUUUCUUUGAUGAUGACUACAAUUACUUGCAACACUUGAAAGAGGUUGGUCCAGGAGAGCUGGUGCCCUCUGAUGUGGGACAGUCACAGAGGCAAAUCAUUGUGACCGAAGAUGGAGAAGAAGAAGCUGAAGUAGAACAUAUUCCAGCUCCAUCUAUUAAUUUGCCUUCCUCCGUUUUUGCAUCAGAGUUUGAAGAGGAUAUUGGGUUAUUAAACAAAGCUGCCCCCGUUGGAGGUCUACGUUUAGACUUGGAUCCAGAUAUUGUGGCAGGUCUGGAUGAUGACUUUGACUUCGACGAUCCUGAAAAUCAGCUUGAUGAUGACUUCAUUAUUCAGGCCAAUGAUCCCAGCAGUAAUGAAACAUGGAGAAAACAUGAAGGUGAAUGGGAAGAUGUUGAUAGUGAAGAGGAGGAUGAUGAUAGCCAGGAAGGUGACUUUGACUCAGAUGGCCCUGUUUCAGAUGAGGAAGGUGGUGGCGAGUCUGGAAACACAAAAGAGUUUUUCUUUAUGAAUGAAGAAACCAAGAGUCGAUUCACAGACUAUUCUAUUUCAUCUUCUGUCAUAAAACGAAACGAUCAACUCACUCUCCUGGAUGAGAGAUUUGAAAAAUUUUAUGAACAGUUUGAUGAUGAUGAAAUUGGGGCCCUGGAUAAUGCUGAACUGGAAGGCUUCAUUCGCUCAGACAGCAAUCGUCUUCAAGACGUUAUAGAGGAUUACUACAAACAAAAGGCAAAAGAGUGUGUAAAACUGGACGACCGGACCCCCAGAGAGGGGAUGGAUAUGAUAAUUGAGGAGGUUGAAGAGGAUAAUGAAGAAAUGGAGACUGUGGUUGUAGAGGAGCCUGGUGAAAAGUGGGACUGUGAAUCUUUCCUGAGUACAUAUUCCAAUUUAUACAAUCACCCCCAGAUGAUUAAGGAACCAACAAAGUCCAAACCUAUAGUGGUAUCUUCAAAAACUGGUAUGCCAUUGGGUGUACUUCCUGCAAGAGGUCUUACUGCAAAACAAGUGGAGCGUAUGGAAAUGAUUAACGGUAGUGACUUGCCAAGAGUGUCCACACAGCAACGUUACAAGACAGAGUCCACAGAUGAGCGGAAAGCUAGGAAACAAGCCAUAAAGGAAGAACGCAAGGAACGUAGAAUAGAAAAGAAAGCCAAUAAGCAGGCCUUCAAAGUUGAGAAAAGCAGACAGGAAAAGGAGCAGCGGAACCUGCAACAAAACUUAAAGGGCAUCAAAUUAUCAUAAACUGUAUGGUGAUCAAAAUGACUUGUACCAACAGCCCAAGCAAUAAUCCUGUCUGAAACAUUAUCUACUGAACAAUCUUCCGAUCACUCGACAGAGGAAAGACAUUCACAGAACGGAUUGGAAAAUAGAUGGUUAUGCAUUUUUACGUGGAGCGGGUUUUAGUUGAUUUUGACUGUAUAAUAACAAAUAUAUUCAAAUUGAAGCUUA